ACCGCGGCAGCGGAGAAACCUACAAGAGCGAGGGCGGACAUGUCGAGAUCCGCCUGGCUGUUCUCUCUCUCUCUCUCUCUCUCUCUCUCUAUAAAACUCACAUUGUCCUCGUUGCCGUUGAUCUGUAUUUUUCUCUUGGUCUUCCCAGAUCCGCCUUUUCUCCGAGGAAUCUGCCAUGGCUCUUCGAUCGUUCCUCGGUGCCCCUAGGACAAUUUUCCAUGGACACUCUUCAGUUGAGAAGCCUGUUCCCAUCCUUGUUUCCAGUACUGUUUCAAAAUCUUUAUUACAGAGGGUUCCAGAAGAAUGCCAGAGAUCUAUUUCCUCAAUGGUUCUCCCAAAACAUUCAUUACAUGUAAAGGCCUCACAGAAUACAUCAGCCUUGACUACGAAUGCUGACACUGAUCAGAAGAAUUCAAUCACCUCAACUUUUCCAAAUGGAUGUCAGACAUUGAUCGAGGAGGUCUGUGACCUAACAGAUAUCGCAGAGCUCAAAAUGAAGGUUGGUGAUUUCGAAAUGUUCCUGAAAAGAGAUGUAGGAAUCUCAAAUGCCCCAAAUUCAGUUUUAGCUCCUAUUGAGUCACCAAUUACAGCACCACCAAUUCCAAGCAAGCCAAUGGUGGAAGCAGUUCCUUCUUCCCCUCCUGUUCUGGAGCAGAAGUCUACUGCAACUGCUUCCAGUCCAUUUACCUAUGUUUCUGCGGCAAAGACAUCAAAGUUGGCAGCUUUAGAAGCUUCUGGACAGAAUGCAUAUGCUCUAGUAUCAUCAUCUACGGUUGGUUCAUUUCAAAGUGGAAGAACGUUGAAAGGGGAAAGACAGCCUCCUAUCUGUAAAGAGGGUGACAUCAUCAAAGAAGGGCAAAUUAUUGGCUUCUUGGAUCAAUUUGGAAAUGAACUUCCCAUUAGAUCAGAUGUAGCUGGAGAGGUAAUAAAGAUCCUCUGUGAGAAUGGAGAAGCUGUUGGCUAUGGAGAUCCCCUUGUUGCCGUCUUGCCUUCAUUCCACGGGGUAAAGUGAGUCAAUCUUCAUUCCCUCCGUGCUCCUGGAUUUGCGGUGAAGCUCUCCCAUGUUGAUGAUUGCUGGGGAAAUCCAUCUGAUUUGGCUUUUAAUCUUUGAACUGUCAUGGCGAACCAAAAAUUCCCUCUUUUUAUGCGCCCAAGUCGUUUACAAUUUUCAGUAAAUGAUAUCAACACGAACUUAGAUCAUAUGUCGAAUUCUUUAGCUUUCCUUGGUCAGAGUUGAAGCUUAAAAUCACAAGUAAGCAAAAAACUCUUGAAGCUAUUCUGUUCAUGAUUCAUUGCUAAAUACAGCUGCCCUCGUUUUGGAACUGGUCACAUUGUUGUGACACGCACAAAAUUUCUUCAGAGCUGAACUUGUUCAUUUGCCA